UCGGUCCCAUCCACCCGGCUGCAGCGUGUCGGACUGGAGGCAGCGGAGGUGAAAGUUCACCAGCAUGGCUCUAACAUAUCAGGUGACAAUGUGGGAAAGUUGGACACCAACAGCGGCUUAAACCCAAAGCAAAAACAAAGCGACAGGAGUAGAAGUCAGCAUGACGAGCGAGAGGGCUUCAGCGCCGAGAGGGGACGAUGAGGACGACACAGCUUUGGAAUAUUACGACGACGAAGACGAGCUGGAGGCGUUUUCAGACGCCGAGCAGGGCUGUGAGGACGGAGUGUUGGGCUUCAGUGAUUCUCUGAAUGGAGAGGUCAAACCUCGUAUCCUGUUGAUGGGCCUACGGAGGAGUGGAAAGUCCUCUAUCCAGAAGGUGGUUUUCCACAAAAUGUCUCCCAAUGAGACCCUGUUCCUGGAGAGCACCAAUAAGAUUUGCAGAGAGGACGUCUCCAACAGCUCCUUUGUCAGCUUCCAGAUCUGGGACUUCCCUGGCCAGAUCGACUUCUUUGACCCCACCUUUGACUAUGAAAUGAUCUUCAGAGGCACCGGAGCGCUAAUCUUUGUCAUCGACUCACAGGAUGACUAUGUGGAGGCUCUGAGUAGGCUGCAUCUCACAGUGACCAGGGCCUAUGAAGUCAACCCAGAAAUUAAUUUCGAGGUGUUCAUUCACAAAGUGGAUGGCCUGUCAGAUGACCAUAAGAUCGAGAAGCAGAGGGACAUUCACAAACGAGCCAAUGAUGACCUUGCAGAUGCUGGCCUGGAGCGAAUACACCUGAGCUUCUAUUUAACCAGUAUAUAUGAUCACUCCAUAUUCGAGGCUUUCAGUAAAGUGGUCCAGAAACUCAUUCCACAGCUGCCCACGCUGGAAAACCUGCUUAACAUCUUCAUAUCUAACUCAGGUAUUGAGAAGGCCUUCCUGUUUGAUGUGGUCAGUAAGAUUUACAUAGCCACAGACAGCAGUCCAGUGGAUAUGCAGACAUAUGAACUGUGUUGUGACAUGAUCGAUGUGGUCAUUGACAUCUCCUGCAUCUAUGGUCUGACGGACAGUGAAGUUGGUUUACCCUAUGACAAGGAGUCUAUGGCUAUCAUCCACCUGAACAACACUACAGUCAUGUACCUGAAGGAGGUCACCAAGUUCCUCGCAAUGGUCUGCUUUGUCCGCAAGGAAAGCUUUGAAAGAAAAGGACUGAUUGACUACAAUUUCCACUGCUUCAAGAAAGCCAUCCAGGAGGUUUUUGACGUCCGUGUAAAGGUUCAACAGAAUCGCAAACUUCUCAGUCAGAGGAGGUGGAGCAAAUUAACUAUGGCUAAUGGAGUGCUCGACAACCCCCACUGAGGACUGAUUACAUCACAUCAGACAGCCAAAUGUACCUGAGCUGCACCCCCACAAAUCCAGGAGACUCCAUCCUCAUUCAGAUGAACACCUUUUUUCACACUGGGAAUCAUUCAGUUUGUUUAAUCCACACUACGUCCAUCAUUGUCUCUCUGUCUUCACAGGCAGUUGUCUGUCAGCAACAGGAGAACAAACUGUCAUUCAUCAAGUUUCACUAGGCUGAUGAAAUUUAGUGGAUCCUUUUUAUUAAAAGUAUACUAAGUUUACUUGUUUGUCUGAAGUAUACAUAUUGAUUUUAUUCUCCUGACUCUCUGUAGCGAGGGUGGGGGUGAGGGUGGGGGCUUAUUCUGAAAACAGAGAGCUCAUAGCAAAACUGGGGGUCUUCAUUAAACAUUAUGGAUACCGUUAUUAAGCACAAUAUAUAAACAGCAGUAGAUUUGUUUGAUUGGAAUGGCUGCUUGUAGAGAGUGCACGUGACUAAACUUGUGAUUGUUUCACUUGAUAUUCUGUGAGAGAGUCAAGUGGCAGACACCAAAAACGCUUUCUGUAUUUCAGCCAAGUCACUCGCAUCAAGGUUUUAACCAUUUAUUGCAACAGUAUACGCUUAUACCAUAAAUAUGAGUACGUUUUAGUUAACAACCCUUGCUGAGCGGUCCAAUUAGGAGGCAGGCUGGGGUGGUGGAUGGGUCACAAAAUACAGGGCUUGCAGUAGACCAGUUUUCAGAAUCAUGUGAACUUUGAGUGAACACCAAGUCAUUUCAAGGUACAUCCUCACCUUGUUUCCUUUCCUAAACCUAACCACAGUAACUUUAUGUUAAUUAUGUAACUUUAUGUCAAGGAUGUAAUGUCAUUCUUUGGAUGCUAAUUCAUAGGAUAUCAUAUCAGUUGUGUGGGCAUUUUGUCAAGUAUUAUAUGAACUGUUGUAUUAGGAUACGUUGGGCAAAAACACUCCUCAGUCUCUGUGGACACCAUGUACUGGAGUGCUACAUGUUAAAAGAGGAGCAUACCAUUCAGUAGUGUUUCUUUUUUUUUUUUUUUUUAUCUGUAUAGCUCAUGGUAACACCUUCCACUUCUGUGGGCAGUGGCAGUUUACACACUAAAAUUAUACAGUUUAGCAGUGUCAAGUUGGCUGAAGAGCCUCAGUUAAUUGAGACUAAAUUUAUUUUUCUGUGGGAGGUGGGGUGAUUCUGACACUGCCUGCGCUCUUCAGUGUUUUGAAUCAGUGCUGAUGAUAAGAAAUAUUUUGAUUCUUGACUAUCAUCAGUGCUGAUAAUAGUCAAGGACUGAAAUGUUUGCUGCUGUUUUUAAUCACUUUUUAUUAUUUGUUUGCACUUUCAGCACCCUUCUUUUUGUGCACUGAUCUUCUAAAUAAAUUUUACUUUUUUU